AUGCUGAUAAUUCACUCGCUUAUUCUGUUAUUAGAAAUCGAUGGGCAAGAUACGGGAACAGGAGCAGCAGGUGGUGGAGGGGGAGGAGGUGGCGGAGGAGAAGGAGGCAACGGAGGAGGAUCAUCGCAAUUAAUUAGUCAAAUGAUGAUGAUGAUCCCUAUGCUCCUGCCUAUCAUGCUGCCUAUGAUGAUGGGAGGAAUGAACCCAAUGAUGGGAGGAAUGAACCCAAUGAUGGGAGGAAUGGAUUCUUAUGGAAAUAGGAAUGCAAAACGCAGAAGAUUUAGACAGGGGGUUGACGAAGAUGACAAUUAUUCUUCAGACGGGCAAGGACGUUAUAAUGGAUCACCAGCGAGAGAAUAUAAUGGUGCACCUUCAGGACAAUUAAAUGGAGGGCCCGGAAGUUAUAAUGAAGUGCCGCUGGGACAAGGAAAUAAUAACGGAUAUAAUGGAGGGCCCGUACGUUCUAAUCAAGCACCGCUCGGACAGUUGAACGGAGGACUGGGAACUAAUAAUGGAUAUAAUGGAGUGCCGGUACGUAAUAAUGCACCGGCGAUGAAUCAGUUGAACGGUGGACUGGGAACUAAUAAUGGAUAUAAUGGAGUGCCGGUACGUAAUAAUGCACCGGCGAUGAAUCAGUUGAACGGAGGACUGGGAACUAAUAAUGGAUAUAAUGGAGUGCCGGUGCGUAAUAAUGCACCGGCGAUGAAUCAGUUGAACGGAAGACUGGGAACUAAUAAUGGAUAUAAUGGAGGGACAGUACGUUCUAAUGAAGUGCCGCUGAGACAAUUGAACGGAGGACUGGCAAGUUCAAAUGCAAACAAUGGAGGAGCAGCACGUUAUAAUGGAGCUUCGCUGGGGCAACUUUCUGCAGAGCCCAAAACUUAUAAUGCAUAUAGUGGAGGAAAGGCACGUUAUACUUUUGCGUCGCUGGGACAAACUAACACAGGACUCAAAAGUUAUAAUGCAUAUAAUAGAGGAUCGGCAAGUUAUACUGGAGCAACGCUGGGACAAUUCAACGCAGCGGCGGCACGUAAUUAUGUAUAUAAUGGAGGAGUGAGACGAUCUUAUGUAGGGCCGGGAUAUUACAAAGGAGUGUCACCUUCUCCGGGAGCGAUUGGACGAAUUCCACCAUAUCAACGUCCUGCGUAUUAUGCUCAAAGGACGGUUCGUCCUGCAUACCCUCCUGUCCAUCCUCUGCCCUACAAAUCCAGUUCAUAUGUACGUAUGAGUGCCUGA